UGGGAGCUCCCCAUUCUCUGACUCUACUUGUCUGCUCUCUCUCUCUCUCUCUACAUUCAUUUGUGUGUGCGUCUUUAAUUUCUCUCUGCUCCCACAUUCCCUCCUCCUUACAGAAACACGCAUUUAGAGAGAGAAAGAGAGAUUUAAAGAGAGAAAGGAACUGCAAUUGCAAUGGCGGUGUUUGAUAGUAAGAAGAAAUGGGUCGGUGCGUUCGUGACGGUGCUUCUCGUGUGUUGCUUCGCAGCUGCUAUGGUCUCCGAGAUCUCUCGCAACAGCAAUGGAGGAACAGAGGAGUUGCAGAGCUCGAGCACCUCGUCAAUGGAGGCCAGAGUGGCUGAGGAUGAAGAAGGAUUCAAUAAGCAUGCGGUUGAAGACCCAGAAGAGAUUGCUUCCAUGGUUGACAUGAGUAUCCGCAACAGCACGGAGAGGAGGAAGCUCGGCUACUUCUCGUGUGGAACUGGCAAUCCAAUCGAUGACUGCUGGCGCUGUGAUCCCAACUGGCACAAAAACCGCAAGCGUCUUGCAGACUGUGGCAUUGGUUUUGGGAGAAAUGCCAUUGGUGGCCGCGAUGGACGCUUCUAUGUUGUCACUGACCCUAAUGAUGAUGAUCCUGUUAACCCCAGGCCUGGUACUCUUCGCCAUGCUGUCAUCCAGACCAAGCCUCUCUGGAUUGUGUUCAAGCGAGACAUGGUGAUACAGUUGAAGCAGGAGCUCAUCAUGAACAGCUUCAAGACCAUUGAUGGUCGCGGAGUCAAUGUUCACAUUGCUAAUGGAGCAUGCAUCACAAUCCAAUAUGUUACAAAUAUUAUCAUCCACGGCCUGCACAUCCAUGACUGCAAGCCCACUGGCAAUGCUUUGGUGAGGAGCUCGCCUACUCACUUUGGGUGGCGGACAAUGGCUGAUGGAGAUGCUGUCUCCAUCUUCGGGUCAAGCCAUAUUUGGGUUGAUCACAAUUCCCUCUCCAACUGCGCUGACGGCUUAGUUGAUGCUGUCAUGGGCUCAACUGCAAUUACCAUUUCCAACAACCACAUGACCCACCACAAUGAGGUGAUGCUGCUGGGCCACAGUGAUAGCUAUACCAGAGACAAGCAAAUGCAAGUCACAAUUGCUUACAACCACUUUGGAGAGGGACUUAUCCAAAGAAUGCCGAGGUGCAGGCACGGGUAUUUCCAUGUCGUGAACAAUGACUACACUCACUGGGAAAUGUAUGCCAUUGGUGGGAGUGCAGAACCCACCAUCAACAGCCAAGGCAACAGAUAUGCUGCUCCAACCAACCCCUUUGCAAAGGAGGUUACAAAGAGGGUCGAGACGGCUACCACGCAAUGGAAGAACUGGAACUGGAGAUCAGAAGGAGAUCUGCUGCUCAAUGGUGCCUACUUCACUCCAUCUGGAGCUGGAGCUUCAGCAAGCUACGCCAGGGCCUCAAGCUUGGGAGCCAAGUCAUCUGCCAUGAUUGGAGCUAUAACUUCAGGUUCCGGUGUACUUCCCUGCCGCAGAGGCCACCCCUGCUAGUAUCUCAAAUUUCCAUUUUACCAAAACUAUAUAGCACUCCAAAUUUCCUUCCACAGAUUCCGUCAAAAUUGUUUUCUACACCCAUCUAUUGCAUUUUACAAGAUUUGGCAAGUGUACAUUAUAUACACAUGUCAUCAUAUCAUCCAAUCCGCCCUCCCUCCUUCCCAAGAUUGUCCUUCUGUUAUUGGUCAACCUCGGUCUGCUUCAACUGAAAAAUGCAAUGCCAUUUUUAGGAGCAGGUACAGAAGCGUUGUUCAUUAUUAUUCUUCGUUGUCCUUUUGGUCUCGGUCUGUUUCAUCCCAUCAUAUUCUGUCUCUAUCUUCGUCUUCCUCCUCCCAUCAGUGUCAGUCUUUUUUCCUCUCUCUGCAUACAUUUGGGUUUUCCUUUGUCUAGAGUCAUACAAGCAAGCAAUAGUAUGAAGAUGAACGUCAAACUUUUGAGUUAUGAAAGGAAAUAGCAAGUGCAGUCAUGUUUUUGUUACUUUUCUAUAUUUUACUUUUUACCCUUUGGUUUUGUUCUGUUACUUUUGGCAAAUGGCAAUGGCAAUGGCAAUGGAAGCAAUCUUUUACUUU